AUGACUACUGAGAUAUUCCCAAAGAUACCGAAUAACGAAAUCAAACAACAGGAGGAAACUGUGCAAAAAAGUGAACAAAAAUGGCUCAUAGAGCAUAUAAUCAAACCAGAAUUACCCAAGAUUAUAGAGACAUUAGGUCAUUGUCUUGAUGUUAUAACUUCCAAAGAUAUCAUCAAAUUACCAAUAAGUUCCAAUCGAACCGAGCAAGUUAAAGGAAUCGUAUCAAGAUCUUCGUCUGAGUUGAUAGAUCUGGAUAUCAAACUACAUUUAAAAACUUUGAAUAGGAAAAUUCAUUUGAAAUUACAAUCACCAAUCGAAUUAGUACAAAUAACUAAGAUUAUUGGAAUGAUUACUGAAUUGAUUGGAGAAAUUGAAAUACUAAAACAAUUUGAUUUGAAUGAUAUCAAUGGGUUCCUUGAUCAAUUGAGGAAGAUCCUUAAGAAUUUAUCAGAUUGUAAUAAUACAUUGAAUAAACCUCAUGAAUCUAUAUUAUUCCCUCAACAUGGAAUUAAUUUAUCUGAAACAUUUGAUACUUUGGCCACAGGACAAAAUUUAUCUCAAUUUCAAGAUAAAUUAACAAUAGAUUUCUUUAUAUUAAACACAGAGAUUUCAAUUGAAUUCAAAUCCCUAGAGAAGAUUACAGAAUCACCAUGGAAUGAAAUUGAUUCAAAUGGAAUAAGUCAUGUUGAUAAAUUACGUGAAGGUUUGAAAAAUCAUACAAUAAAAUUAAAUGAUAUAUUAGAUCGUGAUAAACGUAAAUUGGGACAUGUUUUCGGUUUAAAUAAAUUCUCAACAAAUGAUUAUUUAACAAGAUCAAUAACUUUUAAUAAUUCUGUUGUUAUUGAAGUGGAAAAAUUAUUAAUCCAUUGUCAAGAUCCAAAUUUGAUUAGUAUUGGUGCUAAAUUGAAUGGAUUGGAACAUUUGACUAGUAAGAUGUUUAAAAACCUGGAAUUAUCAUUAAUGUAA